CAGCCCACAACCUUGAUUAGGAGGAGCUGGGAGGGAGGAUCGGUGUGCCCCUGACCCCUGGGUUCUGAGGCUGCCAGGGUCGCUUGCAGCUCGGCCGCGUGGAGGUGACCGUGCGGAACUCCGAGGGGGCGCAGGGAGAGCUGGGCGGGCCCACGGCUCCAGCGGCUGCUGUCAGGGGCCGCGAGGCUUUCCCUGAAGAUGCAGCGCAGCAUAUUUUGCACAUGAGUUCAGAGGAAGAGGAAGUGUAGCCGGCGGACGCGCGGCGGCGGCGGCGGCGGGGGCGCGUCGGGGCUGGAGCCGGAGCGCGCCGGGCGCUGGGCGCAGCGAGCGAGAGCGCGGCGGCCGCGGGCUCCGGGGAGGGACCGACGCACCGAUCGCCGGAGGGACAGACAUAAGAGCACGCGGCGCCGCCACCCCCGCCUCCACCCACCGGCGCCCACGUCCUCCCCGCCUCCUCUGUAUGGCACAAACUUUCCUCCCGGGACGGAACACGCUGUCUCAGGGAGCCCGCGCCCGCGCCCGCGCCUUCUCCUCCGCCGGUCCCAUACGCUGCUGAAAUGGGUUGCGGAUUGAACAAGUUAGAGAAACGUGAUGAAAAACGGCCUGGGAAUAUUUAUUCAACUUUGAAGAGGCCUCAGGUGGAAACCAAGAUAGAUGUGUCCUAUGAAUACCGCUUCCUGGAGUUCACAACUCUGAGUGCCGCGGAGCUCCCUGCGUCUUCAGCGGUGAGGCUGGCCUCCCUGCGUGACCUGCCCGCCCAGCUCCUGGAGCUGUACCAACAGGGCUUCUGUCUGGCAGCCCUGCACCCCUUCGUGCAGCCCACCCAUGAGCGGGAGAAGACGCCCCUGGAGCACAUUUUUAGAGCCAUCCUGAUCAAGAAAACUGACAGAUCUCAGAAAACUGAUCUUCACAAUGAAGGCUACAUCUUGGAAUUAGAUUGCUGUUCCUCCUUAGACCACCUGACAGACCAGAAACUCAUCCCAGAGUUCAUUAAGAAGAUCCAGGAGGCUGCAAGCCAGGGCCUGAAAUUCGUUGGUGUUAUACCUCAGUACCAUUCCCCUGUGAAUUCAGCAGGCAGCAGCGCUCCGGUGUCUACUGCCAACAGCACUGAGGAUGCCAGAGAUGCAAAAACCGCACGUGGGGAUCACGCGUCACUGGAGAAUGAGAAGCCGGGGACUGGGGACAUGUGCGGUGCUCUGGCUGGGGGAAACCAAAGCCCAGAGCCCAGCUCAGGCCCCAGAGGGGAGGUGCCCAUCGCUGAGCAGCCCAGCUCACCCUCCGGAGAGGCAGACAGUGGAGAACUUUCACCACGGGGGGUGAGCAAGACACUGGAUGGACUGGAGAGCGACCCCUUGGAGGUGCAUGAAGAGCCACUCUCAGGGAAAAUGGAGAUCUUCACCCUUUUCAACAAACCGAAAAGCCAUCAGAAGUGCCGGCAAUACUACCCUGUCACCAUUCCUCUCCGUGUCUCCAAGAAUGGCCAGACAGUGAAUGGCUUGGACGCCAACUGGUUAGAGCACAUGAGCGACCACUUCCGGAAAGGAGGCAUGCUGGUGAACGCAGUCUUCUACCUUGGAACGGUGAACGAUUCCUUACAUGGCUUAACAGAUGGAGUAUUCAUCUUUGAAGCUGUUUCCACAGAAGAUAGCAAAAGCAUACAGGGCUAUGAUGCGAUUGUGGUUGAACAAUGGACCGUCCUGGAAGGUGUCGAAGUGCAGACAGACUACGUGCCCCUGCUGAACUCGCUGGCGGCCUAUGGCUGGCAGCUCACCUGUGUGCUACCAACUCCCGUCGUCAAGACUACCAGUGAGGGGAGUGUAUCCACCAAGCAAAUUGUCUUUCUUCAGAGACCGUGUCUACCUCAGAAAAUCAAGAAGAAGGAAUCGAAGAGCCCUGGGAAGGAGCAUCAAGCAAAUGAACAGAUUGGAGCAGCCCCUCACCAGCCAACAACUCCAGGGGGAGCCCACUUGUGGAAGGAGUGCCAAGGCAAUGGUGACUUGAAGCCAGAUGGGCUGGAGUGUGGAGGAAGGUCUUUAUCCAGGCUCUGAAGGUGUAAUGUGACAGGUGAUGGCACAGUGGACCAGAAGGCAACUGCCAGCCCACCAUCAACCACCAGGAGCAGGCAGCCACCAGCUGGAAGAUGGAUUGGCUGCAGAGUGCUGUCAGUUUCAGCUCAGUCACAGGCUCACAGGGACUGCGUGCAUUCAGCAAGUGCGACAUUCAACACGCAGCGCACAUGAGGGCCCCUGUCAGAUGCUGACAGACACCCGCUGCAGCCUUACAGAGGGGAGAUGGUGCCACCUUUGCCUAACAGCUUCCUGAUGGUGGGGCACACAGAUUCCAAAGGAGAGACACGUGGUUGGAUAGUGGUGUGAAGGUCAUGGCAUCACAUGCAGGGGGACAAAUCAGUGGAAACUUGAGUAGGCAGGGAGAUUUUAGAGGUAGAUUUAUAAAAGCUGUUGUAAUAAGGUAGAACUGACUUUCCUCAGGGAGAAUUCAGAGAGGAUGGGACUCACUGUUUUUGCAGUCAGUAAAAACUUCUCAUCCCAAGCAGCUGUACUCAUCUGGGUGGACUGCUUUCUCUUUCCAUGUACCUAAUGAUUUCCUGCCUCAUUCCAAGACUGUAGGUGACUGGUGUGGAGCACUUGUUCUACACAAGACCCUCUGGGUCACCUCACAGAUAGGAGUCCUCCAGAGAGGGGGCUUCACAGCCAGACUCCUUGGAAGAAUCUUCUGCACUGGGUGUCCCCUCCUCACUCCUCAGCUGACAUGGGUCAGCAUCCUGCUCCCACAGGCCUGUGUCCCCUGGUGACCGAGUCACUCCAUCUAGUCCUCAUCAUGCGUGAGCUCUUGCAGCCCUGAUGCUGGGACCACCCCCAAUCCCUGAAGCAGCUUUCUCUUGGUUCUUUCCCACCUCAUUCUCCUGGUUUCCCACUAAGUUCCUCAGGGUUCAGACCCAGCCCCAUUUCUCCCUUCACUCUUGCCUCUUCCUUAGAAAAUCUCUUUUAUCACCUCUGUGCCAGUGACCAUUCCGCCUGCAUUUUCAGCCCUCACUGUGCCCCAAGACUCCAGCUCCAUCCAUGCUGUGGCUCGAGCAAACCUGACUCUUCCCCUCCCCAUACCUGGCCCACCGCCACCCUAUCUAGAGGAAUGGCAUCACCCCUUAGGGGCUGUCCCUGCUGACCCUCCCCUCUCCUUCCCCUAUAUUCAAUCUAUCCUUAAGACCCAUCUGUGUUAGGUCCCAGAGGCUCUGGAAUCCCUCCACUUUUCUCUACCAUCACUCGCCUCAGCUAUUGCAGUCUCCUAAUAACAGAUCUCCCCUUCAAAUAGGUUCUCUAUUCAGAGCCCAAGUGAUCUGUUAAAAAGGCAACUUGAAUCCUGUCAUCCCACUGCUCAAAGGAGUUCUAGUUUUGUAUGACUCUGAAGACAAAGAUGGAAAUCAGUACUGUGGCCCUCAAGGCCCCAAGGGAUCUGGCCCCUCUUACCUCCUCUGCCAGCCUCCCAUUCUCUGUGGCCUCCAGCUCUUCUGUGUCCCCUCUACCAGGGACACUCUCCUCCUUUCUAGCUCUACUCAAGCAUCCUUUUCUCAGGAUAGUGCUGUCUCCUUUUAUACCAAACCAGACUCCUUUGUACUACACUGGAAAAGAACCACGUUCUUCUCCUUCAGAGCUCUCCUCUGGGCUUUUAGUUAUUUGUGAUCAUUAUUUUAUCCUUUCCAGACAGAGUCAGACAUAAUCUCCACAAGAGCAAAGACCUUUUUCCUGUUGAGACCUUUUAAUUGGUGCUCAACAGAUACUUGUUGAAUCAGUGAAUGAGUAAUCAACUUCUGAGCGAGGACAUACGUAGUAUGUCCAGCAUUACAACUUAAGAAAUUACAAGACUGGCACAACAAGGAUGUGGCAUAUUUAGUCCUCUUUCAAUCAGCAACAUGGACAGAAUAUUCUAAUCAAGACUUUUCAGCACUGGAAAGAAACCUCUGUGUACGUGUGUGUGAUUUUCAAGGCAAAUAUUAAACUCCUUCAAAGGGAGUAGGUGAUUUCUACGAUUCAGGGGAAGACUUCCUUCCAGCUCAGCUACUUGAAGUGGGCACAUAAUGGGCAGUUUUUAAAAUAUGCAAAUUAAAUCCAUUGGCUCCUGCUGACAUGGAACUCUGGACACACACUGCUGUAAAGUGAAGGGUUUCUUUUUUUCUUUUAGACAGUUAUUUCUGAAUUGGGCAGCUGAUUGGAUUUGGUGACACAUCCAACUGCCACAGAUGCUCUGGCUUGGGAAGGCCAACUCGGUGCAGCCUGUUUUAUCUGCGGCUUGCUGGUUAAGCUCAGAGACUCCCCUGGUCCUGCUCAAAACAUGGAGUCCAUUCCCCAGGCUGGACUGCCUGCCUUUAAGUGGUGUGGAUGUUAGACCUCACCUCAGAGGCUCAACUGAAAUCUGGCACACUCCAGGCCUCCUCUUGCUUUCUGAGACGUCUCCUUUUUGAAUUGCUGGGAUCUGAAACAGUUUUUGCUGUUUGUUUUCUACCGUUUGUGUUCUCGUUUUGUAUUGUAUCAAGAGAUCAACAAGAUGUGAUCUUCUACAGGAAACUGGAUAUGGCCAGGCAUCCAGAGGAAACUAUGGAAGCUCUGUUGUUUAUUUAGCAAGAGCAGUCCCUGAGAGAGUAUCUGGGCUCCUAUUACAUGGAAGGUCGAGCACGUGGUGGAACUGUCCUCAGUAGUACACUGCACAACAGCAGAGGGCGCUACUUACAUGAAAUACAAUAUGAAUGGGGCCCUGGAGGUGUGCACCGCAGCCCUGGAGGCAGAGACAACCAUUUUAGAGAUCAGUAACUUGAAACUCUAAUUCAUAACCUGCCUAAGGACUGAGAGCUAACAAGUGCCAGCACUAGGAUUUGAACCUAUACAAGAAUGCUUUGACAUUUUAGCACUUAAGGCCUCUUAGCCAAAACAAUCACCACUUUUUUGGCAACAGUAAAACUUCCUUUGACUUCCCUGAGAGCCGACUGCCUGUCGGAGUACUGUAUUACACAGGUAGGCUUCACUGGUCUUUUUCUAAAGACAUGUAAAAUGAUAUAAAAUGUGAAGCGGCUCUGACUGUUUUGGAACAUCCAUUAAAAAAAAAAGAGAGAGACUCUUACAUUUGAGCUGGAAUAACAACAGCAGCUGCCUAGCACGGGGCAGCAGUUAUGAACCAUAACACGGUGCCCGGAAACUAUGGAGGCUUGGUGGAGGUAGCCACGGUCAUGCUGAGGGCUAAAAUCGGUGGCCUCCUCUGGUGGGUUUGGAGCCUUGAGAUGCCUGCCCGGCAGGCAUGGAUGAAGGAGGAGGUGGGUCUGAGACACUGCUUACCCUACAGAGCAAUUCCAUUAUUGGGAUCCUCACAGUUUGGGUGGAAGAAGCUCCACCCAUCUGCUAGGGGAAGUCAGCAGCUAUAGUAUGAGACAUUUCAAAAGAGGUCAAAGGAGAAACCCAUCCAACAUUGUAAGGGAACUCAUUUGGGGAUUUUGGGGGGUAUGGGGUGUGGGAAAGGACCAGAUAAAUGUUAAAUCCUAACCUCAACAUGUAUUUCACUCAUGUUCCUCUAUUUUAAUGGAACAUUCCAUUACCAUUCUUAUCUAAAAGGUGCUAAAUCCAAGAAUCCUAAAAUGUAUUAAAUCUCAGAAUUCUGUAUUUAGGCAAAUGUUUUAUCUGAGGAAAUAGAUCUCUACUGUGGAAAACUACAAAAAUGGCAGAUUUUUAAACAUUUACAUAGCACAUUUUUGGUUUUUCCUAGCAAAGCACUCAGAAUGAUUUACAACAUGGUAAAGCCUUAAGAAAUCAUUUCCCACUGAUGGUGCAACUGCAUUCCUGGGCUCCCUUCUCGAGCCCAGCAAGAAAUCAUAGGAACACAGAGCUCCCUUUUUCUUUCAAUUAUAUAAUAUCUAAGAUUUAAGUGCCUAUUUGGUGAAACCAACACGAUGCAGCUGAAGCACACGGCAGUGGCCAUGGUGGGAAGUGAAAACGAAAACCUUGUGUGCACUCUAGGCCACCGAGAUGAGAAAUUCAGAUUGAGAAACCUGGCCAGUCCGUGGCGGAGCUGGGGCUUUCUCUCGGGUGGUCUUGCUCCAGAGAUUUGGUGAGACCCUGGUUGUUGCCCAACUCUAUUACUGGCUGUGUGACCUUGGGACUCCGAGCCUCUGACCUCCCUGUCACACCGGGAAAUGCUUGGUUGCAGGCUGGGCCCCCUGGGAAGCGGCCUCUGAGAUUUGGGGGAAAGAAGUUUUUAGAGGGAGUUACUUUAGGAACACUUGUCGGUACAGGAGCGGGCAGAGGGAGAAUUUGGGCUGUGAUGCAGUCACAUUCCCCCAGGUUGGCUUGGAGCUGGGAUGGCGUUUGCGUUGUCCCAAAUUGGGAUCAGGAAAUGAGUUGUUGUAUCCCACCUGGGGCAGUCACUGGUUGUAGGUUGCCCUGGUGUGACCUUCUGUGAGGUGGUGGUCAGCGAAGGGCUAUCGGGCUAGCUGGGGAGUGGGCCCGCCAGUCCUGUAGGGGGAUCUGAGCUGUACAGCACAGUGUCCGCCCCAUGUUCUGGGCCCUGCCUUACUCAGGUGACCUAGCGAGAGAAUGCCAGCCCCAUGGCUGGUAAUCCUCAGCCUGCUCAGAAUGGAAAUGAGUGGCUGCAGCUCUGGUUCUCAUUGGGGGCAGACCUCACAUCUCCUCUCCAUCCUGGCCCUCCAAAUGAUAGGACUUCAGGAGCCCUUUCCUAUGUGGGCCUUUGGUAUAGAGCCAGUCAAAAGAAAUACUCCUCUGCCCCCAUAGAACCUGAAAUCUACAUCUAAAGUACACAUCCUGGAAGGCAUGGUGGAGGCUCUGGGGGUGGGUGUGAUGUGAUUGGGUGCGAUUCAAGUUUGGUGCCUGUACUGCUUGGCUGGAGGAUGCUGGGAAUUUUAUGUCUCACUCAGACAUGGUGUGGGUAUGAAUGCAAACAAGGCUUCGGGUGAAGCUCUGGGUUCCCAGAGGCUUGUUAUUUAUCCC